GCUCGGAUUCUGACAUCACCAAUUGCUCCAGAAGGAGGCGGCGGCCAAGGGCAGCCCUUCAAAACAAGCUGCGCCUUCCGCCGCCUCGGCCAGCCCUGUGAACAAGAACCUAGCCAGCCCUCCGUGGCUAACAACCCCAGCCGCAUUCUCUUCCUCUAGUCUAGAGCAACCCUCCCCUCGCAAAGAUGCUGAUUCUCCUCGCCUUCAUCAUCGUCUUCCACAUCAGCUCGGCUGCCCUUCUGUUCAUCGCCACGAUUGACAGCGCCUGGUGGGUCGGGGAGGACUUCUCCACAGACGUCUGGCAUCGCUGCCUCAAUGGCACUAACUGUACAGCCCUGGACGAGACCUUCCCAGACUACCGGUCUAUCCAGGCAAUUCAGGCGACGAUGAUCCUCUCCACCAUCCUCUGCUGUGUGGCCUUUUUUGUUUUCAUCCUCCAGCUGUUCCGCCUAAAGCAAGGCGAGAGAUUCGUCUUAACAUCCAUCAUCCAGCUGCUAUCCUGUCUGUGCGUGAUGAUUGCCGCGUCCAUUUACACGGACCGCCACGAGGAGUUUCACGUGGGUCCGCAGUACGACUUUUUCCAGGUGUCCAGCGGGCAGUACGGCUACUCCUAUGUCCUGGCGUGGGUCGCCUUCUCUUUCACGUUGCUCAGUGGAAUCAUGUACCUAAUACUAAGGAAGCGUAAAUAAAACUGCAGCGGCUAGUUGGAGGAGGAAGAGAGAGAAAAGGAAACGGUCUGUCCGUUUCGCAGUACUGGGAGUCCAGUAACUAUUUUGUAUAUAGCAGAAGAGCGGUUUUGUAGUAAGGAAAAGUUAUUGUCUGUAUUUUUUGUCCUGCCACGGCCCCCUUCCUCCUCCUUCUCCCUGCUUGGUGUUGAAACAAGGACUAUGGGAGGGGGAAAAUGCAGGUGAACUGGAACAGCUAACCCCCCCUGGCGUGGGUGGGGUACCUUAAAGGCAACCCAUGUCUAUGGUAGUCUCCCAAAAGUCAUUGAUUGUACCUAUUCUUGUUUCCUUUUCUUAUACAGCUUUCAAAACAGGUAAUGUUACUAGGCAUUAAUAAAAAGAGCAUCCCUCCCCCCAGCUGGUUAUGGCUCUGUAGGACAGAUGUGAACAGCUGGCAGAGCACAGCAAACAUUAUUCUGUCGCUAGCAACAUGUGCUCAACUGGACGUCUGGGUUUCUUUUGAGAAAUAGGAAUUGGGGGUGGGGGUUCUAGACUGCCCUUGGCCACAGAAUAAUUCUGUGGAUCUGGGAGAUAAUCCUGCAGCCAGUAGUUCCUCCAGUGAUUGAAUGCCAGCCUAGGAGGUUCUUUCUAAAAAGCAAUGGUUUGGUGUGAUGCUGGCAAGCUCAACGCUAUGGUUCUGGGCUGAUUUCAAGGGUCCAUUUGGUUUGGCGCAGUGCCCGUGUGGUUAAUGGUCAUGGCAGGGGGCGGCAGAACAGGGGUACAGCCUGCUCUAAAUCCAGCUUGGAUACAUCUGCCCAUGCCAUGCUUCAAAAUAAUUCCAGCUGGGAGUGUCUUAAGUUAUUGCUACGGAAGAUAGUGUUCUGCUGCGAUGGGUAUGUAGUGAAGAGCCCUGAAAGGUUCAGAGACCAUUACUUGCCUAAGGCUGAAACAAUUGCUUUGGGACCGAUCCUCUUCCUGCUGAACCAUGUAUCCAGAGCUACCUCAAGCCGCCGCAAAGAUGGUCACUGCCUUGAUCGACAUCCAGAGAGGCACUUUCCCAAGCCCACCACCUCUCAGCUUGUUUCUGCGGCAACAGUCCAACCGUGCCUUCAUCUUUACUAUUUCUCUGCGUUUUGGAAGAAUUUAAAUGGAAAGGCGGUCUUGUCUUUGAGAAGGCACUCAAUCCCUCCACUCAAAAGGGAUCCUAGGUAGCAGGGCUGUGGAAGGGCCUUUUCCUUGCGUGGAUCAUGGCGAGCUGUCAGCAUAGUGGCCGUCAGAAAACAAAUAACAUCGCCAAGUUGUUGGGGGCUGGCAAAAAUCAUUUGGGGGACCAGAUAUGGCCCGUAGGAUUGCCAUCCCUGCUGUAGGCAAUAUUAGGCUUAGGCAAACCAAAAUUCAUGAUUCAGAAGAAAGCACUGGGCACCCAGCUUGACGGCAUUUUAGCAGGAAAAUGUCAGUGCUAAAGCACAGCUUCCCUACUUUGAGGUAAAUACAGCAGGCAGGAAGACUCAAUUUUUAUUUUUACAACCAGGAAAGAGCCACCCAACACUAAUGUAUUAUUCCAGAAGAGUUUGGGAUUCCUGAUUGCCCCAGAUCACGGCUUCAACCAACCAACGAACGAGCCAGUAUUUGGCUAACUAUCUGGCAUAUUUGUUGGAAAAUAUAUCAGGUCUUUCCAAUCUGUCUGACAAAUUUACCCACUAACAAGUCACCUGGUUUUCAAAACCCCAGAGGCUCUUAUUAUUAGCAGGUGCAGAAACCUAGAAUAACCUCAGGCUGCUCUUAAGGGUUCCAUAUUUCACCCAGGAGCCUUGUUCGUAUAGCUACAAAUGUCUGACCUUCUUAACAACAACAAAGAUGGCUUUAUAGGGCAUUAGAAGAUAUUAAUGGAAAAGGACGACCCAUCGAUCACUAAGGCUGCAAAAUCCUUCUCUCUGUUCCUAGGGUAUCAGUCCCGUUAAACUCAACAGGGACUUUCUUCUGAGUAAGCAUGCUUAGGAUUUCUCUGUCUGCAGGGCUGUCAGCUGAUCUGCAUCCUCUUACUUGAACAUCAGCUGCCUUUGGAAUCAUGCUGCCAUCCAGUUUAAAUUAAAUGUGCGUGUAGCUCAUUUGAUCUCUCAAUACGAGGGACCUUUUUGAGAUUUCGGAGAAUGUGCAAGAAUGCAGCUAUUUAACAGACAACCAUUGUGAGGAGUGUGGAAGGGCAUUUUUUAGUGGGAGCGCUUUUUGUGUGUGUUUUCUUUUGCAUCUUUGUAUGGCCACUUCCCCUCUGUAAUCCCCCUUUCAUCUCUGAAAAUGGUGCUCCAGAAAACCUGUCCUUACUAUUGGCAUUUUUAAAAAGGUAUACCCAACUUGAAAUGUUAGCAUAAACUUUGAGGGGGUGGGGGGUGGGAGGGUUUUAGAUCCUGCAUACAAAAACAUUUGGCCAAAUCGAUGAACUGGUGACAACUCAUUUUAAGGAAAUCAGGCCAAGUUAAAAGGCCAAGCUGAUGAUCCCAGCUCCUCCAGGAAUCACUUUUAUGCUCCUUUAUGGAACAUAGAACCAUGCUUUUUGUGUGCCUGAAGUGAUGGUGUAUAGAGAGAAACCUCGUGACUUUUGCAUGGUUGGGAUAGACUGUGCAAAGAGAACCAGAUCUGUUGCUCCACCCACCAUUGGCAUAAAGCCACUGAAAGGUUGCCCACACUCUGUUGCCGUUUCUUCCCCCUCCGCGCGAUCCUAGAUUUAUUGCACCCUAUUCCUGCACCAUCCUCCCAAAUCCCCAGACAUUCCGCAUGCAGCCAUACAUACAUUGUAUACAAGAAUCUGCGCCACCAUUUAUUCUCUGUUCUAAAGAAUGAACUAGUCUGACCAGGUGUGUUUUUUAUAUAGAUAGAAUUUGUAUUUAUGUAAAAAAACAAACAAAAAAAAUGUACCUGUACAUACAUAGAUAACAUUAUGCCAAUUAUAUUUUCUGACCACUUUAAUAGAAAUUUGAAUUGCAAAUCAAUAUAUAACCAGAGAAUACAAAAAACCCCAAUUCUGACAAUGCUAUUAUUGCCUUUGCAACUCGCCUGGGAAUAAUAGGCACUCCUUUGUACGUUAGUACUACCAUUUUUCAAGUUCUGGGGUUGGGGGAGAAAUUGAGAAAUCCAAAAAUGCUUGGCGGAGGACAGUGAUCGUCAAGACUGCUAGCUUAGCUCUACCGACUGUGCCUCUGUUGUUUUGUAUUUUAUAUACCAUCUGUGUACACAGAAAUAAAAGUUACAACCAGUAUUGUGCCGA